UUUCAAAUUGCUGAAAUCAUAAACUUUGCUGUACUUUUACCUUCAUUUACUUUAACAAUUUAAAUGGUAAAUAACUGCUUUGCGGUUAAAAUACUUGCAUUGUGACGAAAGCAGUCUUGAAUUCUCGUUCGAAAAAUGUCAGGACGGAAAGAGGAAGUAGAAAUGUCCUUCUGACUUGCCGUACUGGGAACUGUAUACCAGGGACACUAGAAUUGAACUGGACUUAAGUCGCAAAUGGAUGGAACAGAGAAAGUCCGCCGUGAUGGCGAGAAAGAGAGGUGGGCGGUGCUAGGCGGCCAACUGUACAAUGUAUUCACUAGCACUGGGUUGGGUAUGAAAUACAAUCAUAUGCUGUGCGUACACUUUGAUGAACUCGAGCAGCAGCAAGAAACUUUUUCCUUCUUUAUUUGACUUUUUCCUUCCUUACAUUGUUACCAACGCUGAACAAUCAUCAUACAAAACAGUAAUACUUAUAUGGAUGAUUAACUGGAAGUAUUUAUACAAUGUAGUAUUUAUUUCGGUAAUGGCAUUGUUAAUGCAUUUGAUAGACUAUAGCCUAAAUCAUCAUCAUCAUCACUGACAUCAUCACUGAUUGUCAUAAAUUCACCUUUAAGCUACAUCUUAUGGGAGUCCCACACAAUAUACACUUUGUGAAUCUUGUCCACUGACCUGUUUAUUUACAACAACUAGUGUUAUAAAUCUACAACGUUUUUAUCACACAUACCUGCCUUUUUUGGGGGGAACUUGAAAAAUGACAAAUCUGGUCUUUUGUACCGUUUAUUAGAACAAUUAAAGGCUGAGUAGUGUGCCGAGGACAUGUUUACAAUGCAGUGUUUGUGGAUUCAGCUCACCAUCAUGGCGGCCAAACCCGCGCAGUGGAUACUACGGAAGUGGAUUUGUAGUUCAAAGUCUUAUUCAAUUCUAGUGUCUUUGCUGUAUACGUUGACAACAUGGCGUCCACUGACGUUCACGUCCGAAUAUGUGAACAAGAAAUAUUAAAGUAUGACUUAGAAGUCAAAGCUCUCGUCCAGGAUAUCACUGAGUGCAGAGGUCCUCAGAGCAAGCUGACUGAAUUGAACGCUGAUGUGAAAAAGAGUUUGCACAAUCUACGAUUACGUAUACAAGAUUUAGAGCAGAUGGCGAUGGAGCAAGACAAAGAAACAGACAAGCUGGCCUUGAUCAGCCAAGUAGAGGGACACAGGAAACAGAUGCUGAGCAACCAGACUGCUUGGAGGAAGUCCAACCUGGCCAGCAAAUUGUCAAUCGACAAUAUGGAGAAGCAGGCGCUUCUUAAUGGAGGUGAUGGUGGCGCUAGACAGAGGAAGACAACCAAAGAGGGCCUGGCUGAGACGUCCAGUAACAUUACAAAGAACUUGAUGAACAUCAGUCGAAUGAUGGCCCAGCAGGUUAACCAGAGCGAGGAGACGAUGACAACACUAGGGACCUCAUCCAGAACCAUCCAUGAGACCAAUGACGAAUUUAAGACCAUGACGGGGACCAUUCAGCUGGGGAGGAAACUUAUCACCAAGUACAACCGCAGGGAGCUCACUGAUAAACUGCUCAUCUUUCUUGCACUGGCCCUCUUCCUCGCCACAGUUCUCUACAUCCUGAAGAAGAGAAUCUUCCCUUUUUUUUGAGGAGCACAAGCACUACUUUCUCAAGUGAGCUGAAAUGAUUUCAAACAUGCUGCAUGUUGUGUUUAAUGACAUGUUAAGUCAAACUCAAAUAAUACACUAUGAUGCAUUUUUCUAAAAUAUAUCCACUUUCUGUUUUAAAUGCAAGAAAAAAAACUGUAAUAAAAACAAAAACGCAUAUUUUACAUUGAUGAUGUAAACAUUCAUACAUCUCAUGGCUGUUGCAAUUGGGCCAAAGUUAAAUUCCUGGUGUAGGAUUUUUUUGCAAUUAAUAACCUGAUAUGUGUGACAGUGACAUUGUUGCUGUCAGAAAUUACAGAUAGUCUAGUAUCGCUUAUUCCAAUGGGACAGCCUGUUAUCAAAUAUGUGCAGAUUAAUACAAUUAAUUCACUAAUGCAAAUACCGUGGAACGUCUAAAGUCAAACUUUGUUGAAACAAAAUGUAUAUAUAUUACCUUUAAUGUACAAUAAACACAAAUAUAAUACAUAAUCCUAAAAUAUAUAGUGCAUUAUAUAUUUAUAUAUAUACAUAUACACACAGUAUAUGUGCAUACUUACAUACAUACAUACACUGUAUACAACUUUACUUUUAUAUUACUAGUUACUGGUAUUUGAAAAUUUUAUUUUUGGAUAUUCUUUAGAUUAUAAUGUAUUACACUACUUCUUACUAUGUGUUACUUUUGAUUUACUGCUGCGUGUGACUCUAACACACCGAUGCCUCUAACAAGACAACAAUGCCAGAACAUUAUUUGUCGGAUUUCUUUUUUUUUAGAUUUAAUUAAAAAGGCAGUUGCUCAAGAAAAUUCAUGGCCUGUUAAUAUUAUUAAAAUGUAACUUCCUACAACAAUCUACCUUCAAUUUGAUCACGUGUAACACCGUUUAAUUAGGCUGGUCCUUCGUUGCUUGCUCCAGUCUUACAAGACUUUAGGUUCCACUGUAUAUUGCUUACGUAUUUUAAAGUAAUCAAAAUAUCCAUCGUUUUUAACCUACAUUACACUAACUAGAUUUCAAACAAACAGUUUUGAAGCAUUCAGAAAGGAUUGCGCCUCACUAUGCACCUGUUAAUCACGUUGCUUCCAAGCUACGUGCAUGCUUGGCUGUACAGCCACGAGCACAUACAUGGCCGAGACAGAACAGCACACAUCUCUGUCUUUCUUCAGAUAAGACCCGGAAAGGCAAACUAUCCUGCCCGUUUUUCCCCUCUCCAAUGUGGGUAUAGGGUGAGGGGAGGGGGAUAUUUUUGGUCUGUGUGGAUUUGUUAUCUGACGUUGCCUUUUCAGCACCUCAUAGCAGAGCGUGUCCAGAGGAGCUGCGUGACCUCGCUAUACAGCUUCACAUUGCCAUCAUUUUAAUAAAUAAUACUCGGAUUAAUAAAUGACCAAUUGAUGAUUGAAAUGUGGCGUUAAUAAAUGAGGGAGAGGCACUGUGCAUUAUUCACAUACAGUAUAUCACAAAAGUGGGUACACGUCUCACAUUUCAAUAACUUUUAAUUAUAUCUUCUCAAGGCACAAUACUAUAGAGAUGAAACUUGGAUAGAACUUUGACUGGUGAAAGUACUGUACAGCUUUUAUAGCAGUAUAUACUGUAUUUACCGUCUUCUGAAAAUAAGUCAAAUUACAGCGAUUAUUGUCUAAAUAGCUGGCAACACAAAUGAGUACUCAAUAUGUCCAAAUUGUGUCCAAAGUGUCAAUAUUGUUAUCGAGCCCUGCCUUAAUCCUCUUGGGCAUGGAUGUUUGGCACCUUGCUCGCCACCACAUUCCUUCUGCUUGAAGCUGCCCCACAGGUGCUCAGUUGGGUUCAGGUCUGGCUGCUUCAUCAUCUUCACCUUUCUCAGCAAGACACUUGUCAUCAUGAAGGUGUGGUUGGUCUCCUCAUGUUGGGAAACUACCAUGUAGCCCAGAAUUUACUUCAGAAUGUUGCUGUGCAUGUUGAAACUCAACUUUCCCUCAAUGAACGGCAGUUCCUCCGGCAGCACUCAUGCAGCCCCAGAUCAUGACUCGACAACCAGCGGCACUGUAUAGGAUGUUAAAGUUAGGCCAAUCAGGGUCCCCAACAAAUUGGAGAUGAGGUGGCAACUGUCCGGAUGGGGCCCCGAAUUCCUAGUAGCGUCCCUUGUGACAACCACAUCGACUGUAGGCAAGACACAAUUAUAUUGCUACUCACUUGUGUUGCCAUCUGUUUAGAUAGUAAUGUCUUGUGCGGUGAGUCAUUUUCAGUGGACAGUAACUCUACACUAAGAUGUACACCGACUAUACUGUAAGUAUAACCCAUCUCAUACUGUAGUAUUGUCCGUUGAGAAGAAAUGGCUGCUGAAUUGUGAGGGUGCACUUUUGUGAGAUACUCUAUGUAAAGUGCAUCAUGUUUCUUCAAGUGUGUACUAGUUAUCUCGAACAUAAAUUUAUUUUUUGCUUUGAGUACCGUGAUAGUGUCAUUAAGUGCAGGCAGAUAAGUCUGAGGAUGUAAACAUUUCUUAAACGAGCACAGCUUGAUUUAAUGUAUUUUCAAGUUGCAUAUUUAUAAUAUGUUCUAAUGCACUAGAAGUACUGUUCCGAAUAAAUGGGUAUACGUAUAAGUUUUAUUGUGUAAAAUUGUACAAACUAAACUUACUUUUAA